UUUAGAUACAUUCUUUGUUUUGGAUAUUAUGGUUUGAUGUGAAUAUAGUUUCCAUAUAGACUUUGAUGUACAGUAGUGGAGCCCCAACACAGACUAUGCGAGCUUUUUGUUAACACAAACAUUUUCUGCAAUCUCUUGACUGCACGGUUCUCCCACUCUAGAUACCUUCCUUCAGCUGGCAUCUACUUCCAACCUGUAGCUACUGAAAUAUAUUAUGAACAAACAAAAUUUGAACAAUGAAGAGCAUUUUCCGACUACCAUUUAUACAUUACAAGUCAUGAAACUAGAUGAAUUAUUUGUAUAAAUGCAUCAAAAACCCUUGAUUUUAGUUUUGUUUACAGUUAUAUGGUUGUUUGUAAACUUAGUGUGAUGUUUUAUUGACUACCUGAAACCACGUCUAAUACCAGUCCAACCUUUCCUUCUUAGCCAUGUUCAAAUGACGAUGUUGAUCAAGUGAUUGCCUGAAAGCUCACCAUAGCUUCAUGGGUUUACUCUGACUCCAUUUGUAUGCAAUUUGUGAGAGUGUCAUUAGUUUACAAACAAAAAUGCAACUUUAAGUAUAAGAAAAUCUGGAAGCAUAUAAAUCUAUAUGCAGAGUCAUAUAAAAUAUUAGCUGAUUCAAGACAAUAUUUGGGUUUAUAAAAAAAAAAUCGCAAAACACUAAAAGAAUAUAUGGAAGUUGAUUGUGUGCUGUUAUCGCCCAGGUCAUAGUCCUUACAUCACUAAACUAAUAAUAGACUAAUUUUAGGGAUGCUGCCUCAUAUGUUUACAGUCUGAUCAAUCCCAGAGCUCAACAACCUGAAAGCGUGGAAAGACGCCAGAUCCAUUUCAUGCAGGAAGAACGUAUCAGGAUGUCAUGGCUGAAAGAGCUCUUCAAAAAGAGCAAGCUGGGCUGAGACAGCAGAUGCAAGAGAAAGCUAAAGCAGGGGAUUUGAGGGUUGUCAAUGGUUCUGAGGCACAAAAGCAAACAGCAAAGCGGCGCAGGUGGGAUCAAGCUGGAGGAGAUGAAGCGCCAUCUAAAAAGAAGUCAUCAUCAUGGGAUGCUGCUGAAGCCACCACCCCUUCCAACAGUCGCUGGGAUGAAACCCCUGGUAAAGCCAAAGGAGCAGAAACACCAGGUGCCACUCCAAGUUCUCGUGCAUGGGAUGCCACACCUGGACAUGCAACUCCUGGUGCUGUGACUCCUGGAAGAGGGGAGGAAACUCCAGGUCACAAAGCCACACCCAGUGCUAGAAAAAAUCGAUGGGAUGAAACUCCUAAAACAGAAAGAGAAACCCCAAGUCAUGGAAGUGGUUGGGCAGAAACACCCAAAACAGAUAGAGGUGGGGACUUAAUAGAGAGCACACCAACACCAGGUGCCAGCAAACGUAGAUCUCGGUGGGAUGAAACUCCAAGUGCUGCAACACCUUCAGCCAUGACUCCUAGCAUGACUCCAGGUCAGAUGACUCCAAGCAUGACUCCAGGUGGUAUGACACCGAGCAUGACACCAAGUGGAGUUACACCCACUGGGGCUAAAGCAAUGGCCAUGGCAACACCAACCCCAGGACACUUGAUUUCAAUGACCCCUGAACAGUUACAGGCCUUUUCUUGGCAGCGUGAAAUUGAUGAAAGAAAUCGUCCACUGUCUGACGAUGAGCUUGAGGGCAUGUUUCCUCCAGGAUAUAAGGUUCUGCCUCCCCCAGCUGGUUAUGUUCCCAUUCGGACACCAGCUCGUAAAUUGUUAGCAACACCAACACCAAUGGUGGGCACACCCAUGGGCUUCAGAAUGCAGACACCAGACAACAAGAGUAGUAAAGAUAUGAUUGUGGACAUGCAACCCAAGGGAAAUUUACCUAUGAUGAAGCCAGAUGAUAUGCAGUAUUUUGAUAAACUUUUGGUUGAUGUUGAUGAAGAAACCCUGUCCCCUGAAGAACAAAAGGAAAGGAAAAUAAUGAAGUUACUUUUAAAGAUUAAAAACGGCACACCACCAAUGAGAAAGGCUGCCUUGAGACAAAUAACUGACAAAGCUCGUGAGUUUGGUGCUGGUCCAUUGUUUAAUCAGAUUCUUCCUCUGUUAAUGUCACCCACUCUAGAAGAUCAGGAGCGUCACUUGUUGGUCAAAGUUAUUGACAGAAUAUUGUACAAAUUGGAUGAUCUUGUCAGGCCAUACGUUCACAAAAUCCUUGUAGUGAUAGAACCGUUGCUUAUUGAUGAAGACUAUUACGCAAGAGUUGAGGGCAGAGAGAUCAUCUCUAACCUGGCAAAGGCUGCUGGUCUAGCUACGAUGAUUGCAACUAUGCGUCCUGACAUUGACAACAUGGAUGAGUACGUGAGAAACACAACUGCUCGUGCUUUUGCUGUGGUAGCUUCUGCUCUUGGUAUCCCCUCGUUGCUCCCCUUCUUAAAAGCUGUGUGUAAAAGCAAGAAAUCAUGGCAGGCUCGUCAUACUGGAAUAAAGAUUGUUCAACAGAUAUCCAUCUUGAUGGGAUGUGCUAUUUUACCUCACUUGAAGAGCUUGGUGGAGAUUAUAGAGCAUGGUUUGGUGGAUGAACAACAGAAAGUUCGAACUAUCACUGCCUUGGCUCUUGCUGCUUUAGCAGAGGCUGCCACUCCAUAUGGUAUUGAGUCCUUUGACAGUGUUCUUAAACCUCUCUGGAAAGGUAUUCGUCAGCACAGAGGAAAAGGUCUUGCUGCAUUUUUGAAGGCCAUUGGUUAUCUGAUUCCUUUGAUGGAUGCUGAGUAUGCUAAUUACUACACAAGGGAAGUCAUGUUGAUUCUUAUCAGAGAGUUCCCUUCUCCUGAUGAGGAAAUGAAAAAAAUUGUCUUAAAGGUAGUGAAGCAGUGCUGUGCUACUGAUGGUGUGGAAUCUCAGUACAUCAAGGAUGAAAUUUUGCCACCUUUCUUUAAGAACUUUUGGAACCAGAGAAUGGCUCUAGACAGACGCAAUUACAGACAGCUUGUUGACACUACAGUUGAAAUAGCCAAUAAAGUUGGGGCUGCAGAAAUCAUUGGUAGAGUGGUGGAUGACUUGAAAGAUGAAGCUGAGCAGUACCGUAAGAUGGUGAUGGAGACAAUAGAAAAGAUCAUGUCCAAUCUGGGAGCUAGUGACAUUGACUCAAGGCUUGAAGAACAACUUAUUGAUGGUAUCCUGUAUGCUUUUCAGGAACAGACAACUGAGGAUGUGGUUAUGUUGAAUGGAUUUGGCACAGUUGUAAAUGCACUCAGCAAACGUGUUAAGCCAUACUUGCCCCAAAUGUGUGGUACAAUUUUGUGGCGUUUGAAUAACAAAUCUGCCAAAGUGAGACAGCAAGCUGCUGACUUAAUCUCUCGUAUUGCUAUUGUGAUGAAAACUUGUCAAGAAGAAAAACUGAUGGGUCAUCUUGGUAUUGUGUUGUAUGAGUAUCUUGGUGAAGAGUAUCCAGAAGUUCUGGGUUCUAUUCUUGGUGCUUUGAAGGCUAUUGUCAAUGUGAUAGGCAUGACAAAAAUGACCCCACCAAUUAAAGAUCUCUUGCCCAGACUUACCCCAAUUCUUAAAAACAGACAUGAAAAGGUGCAGGAGAACUGCAUUGAUUUGGUUGGUCGUAUUGCUGAUCGUGGACCUGAGUUUGUCUCUGCCAGAGAAUGGAUGAGGAUUUGUUUUGAACUACUCGAGUUGCUCAAGGCUCACAAGAAGGCUAUCAGGAGAGCAACUGUCAACACAUUUGGAUAUAUUGCUAAAGCUAUUGGACCUCAUGAUGUUUUAGCAACUCUGUUGAACAAUCUGAAAGUCCAAGAACGCCAGAACCGUGUCUGUACAACAGUAGCCAUAGCUAUUGUGGCUGAGACUUGUUCACCUUUUACAGUAUUGCCAGCAUUGAUGAAUGAGUAUCGAGUUCCAGAACUUAAUGUGCAGAACGGUGUCCUUAAAUCUUUGUCUUUUAUGUUUGAGUACAUUGGAGAGAUGGGAAAGGAUUACAUUUACCCUGUUGCACCGUUGCUAGAAGAUGCUUUGAUGGACAGAGAUUUGGUUCACAGACAGACUGCAAUGGCUGCAAUUCAACAUAUGGCUUUGGGUGUCUGUGGGUUUGGCUGUGAGGAUGCAUUGAUUCAUUUACUUAACUAUGUGUGGCCGAACAUCUUUGAAAAUUCUCCUCAUGUUGUCCAGGCAUUUAUGGGAGCUGUUGAAGGCCUCAGAGUUGCUAUUGGUCCAUCUAAAGUAUUCCAGUAUGCCAUGCAGGGCCUGUUUCAUCCUGCAAGAAAAGUGCGAGAUGUCUACUGGAAAGUGUAUAACACAGUGUACAUAGGAGCACAGGAUGGCCUCAUUCCAUCUUACCCUCGGAUCCCCAAUGAUGCAAAGAACCAAUACCUUCGUUAUGAGUUGGAUUAUAUUUUAUAGUUAUUUUUUUGUGUAUGUUACUUUUGUAAAUAUAUGAUAACAAUUCCACUUUUAAAUAAUAAUGGUAGUGUUCUUAUUUUAAACAAGUCUCUAAUAAAAUAGGAAAUUUGAAAUAAAACAGCUUCAAUGAAUUGCAGAAAAUUGAAACAAUAUUUUCCCCACUGUUUGGCAAAAGGAAGCAAAAUAUGAUCUUAAUGAAAUGUAAAUAUUUCAACUUGAUUGUCUGAUCUAUAAAUAAAUACCCUUAGAUUCAUGCUAAAUGCACAUAGUUCACACUGGCAAACAGCUCAGUAUUUAAAAAAAUGUUUUUACUUCAGAGCCACAUGUUAUUCUUUUUUUUGAGUUUCUGACAGAUUGUUGCAGGCAGUAAACCAAAUGCUUUGAGCAACAUUAUUAGAGCCUUAGUUUUAAAGUAAAACAUUUUUAUUUUUAAACUGUAAAUCUCAGUUUAGUUGUACAUGCAUCACAAGAUUUUAGCUCAUCAUUUUUUCUUUUGUUGUGGAGACAUAAUUUUGUUGUCACUCUAAAUAAAUGUCUGAA